GGUGGGAAGCCUGGUGUCAGCCCGGUGACUGAUGAUCCUGCUGAGGCAACGUACCACAAAGUUACAGCUACAGCCGCCAGCUUGCCAGGAACAUGGAAUGAUGGGAAAUGGUGCAGUGCCGCUGUGUGUUGUUGCUGUGACAUUGAGAGCGUGCAACAAAGGAAUCCAGCCAGGGUUGGGAAGAGGCUGCAGAGAACCAGAUGCCUCCCCUAUUGUAGGGUGGAGGUGUCUCCUCAGUUGCCAGCAGAGGAAGAUGUGGGUCAGUCUUUUGGUCAGUCGUCCAUAAACCAACUGGGAUCUCAAAGUCACCUCAGUGCCAAUCAGGACCAGAGGCAGCCUAGGCUGAAAACAGAUAACUGGGAGCUUCAUCAGCCGGGGAGACACUCAGAGCUCGAAUUUCAGGACAGUAACUUGUCUCCAGCCCUUUCCCUUUUACCUGUAAACUCUGGAGUGGGACACAGCUUCACUGAAUAUUCUUUAUUCCAACAAAGUGACAAUGAAUUUGCACCUUUAAGGGCAUACCCCGACAUUUCCAUGGCAUCAGACAGGUUUCACUUUCCACCCCAGGAUUGCACCACUCAGGUCUCUGAGCGUGGCUCGCUGUCCCAGCAUCCUUUGGCCCAGGCAACCGUCCUCUCUGAGGAAGGAGCAAGCAGCUGCUGCUCUCUGUCCCAACACAGUUUGUCACCAGGGGACGACAGCAGACGAGAGGAAACACUUCCCUCUGGGCAGACUGCCACCACUGACAGACAGGGAGUACCAUCCAGACAUGAUGCAGGUAGCAGAGAGAAGGACUCUGUGUCACUAACUAAGGCUCUAGACAAGCUUGUAGGAGAGUCUGUAGAGGAUGAAACCUUCUUUUUGAGUAAGGAUAUUCCAGCCCAGCAUCUUCUGGAGCUCCUUCAGAAAGAUGUUGGCAUGCCUACCAGCAGUAGUAGUGCUGUUUCCUCUGCUUCUGAGACAUCUGUGAAGAGCACUGCAUCUUUUGCUGAGGAAUCUAAAAGCUCUAAAGUCUAUAAACCAGGCAUUGACCAAAGCACUGUUAGACGAGAAGGUCCUCCAGGUGAAGCUUCUCUUCCCCAGCAGCAGACACAACAACCUGACAGAGUCUUGAACCCUGACCAGUCACAAACUCUGUCAUCUGAGGUCUGUAACAUCACCAUGGGCUCCCGCAGCACUCAGCCUGAUAACAGUAGUGAAGUGUUGCACAGGGAGCUGCUGUCUGAGGUCCACAGGCGCAGCAGCUGUGAAGCUGAAUCUAAAAACCAACCGCGAAAAAGCCCUUUACCACCUGGUGAGUGUGUCACUCCAUAUCCUACAGAGACAUCUGAGGGCAAGCCAAGUGUGACCCAAACAAAUCUGGGUGGUGUGCCUUGGACGGGGCUGUUUUCAGCAGGUUUGGAACGGGUUCAGAGAGAGCAAGAUCUCUGGUCCUCAGGGAACCAAACAGGGAUUGAUGGGUCCUACCUGGGUUUCCUUCCUCAGUCUCAGUCCACUCCAGGGGUUUUUAAGGCCCCAUCCAAAUCCAGUGCCAAGGCUACAUUAGGGCAACUGUCUGCCAUAGAAUCCAAUAAAGAGAACUCAUAUCAAUCAGGUGCAGGGAUCUCUCCACAGCCAGCUGUUCCUGAGCCUGAUAUCAGUCGCCAAGAGUCAGCAAAUCAGUGCCAAGAGGAACAUACCUCUGCAAAAGUCCAGUCUCUUCCAAGUCUCAACUAUAUCCAGAAAGUAGACGCUUGGAGGGCAAAUCAGAGUUCUGGCAAAACAUCACUGUUUGAUAGCCUUGCGUUACAAGGUUUUUCUGGCAUCUCUCCCAAAAAGAAAGCUUACGAUGCAGUUUCUGACACACUGAAUCGCAUCCUGAGUCAGCAGAUAAGGAGUUUACAACAGCCUCCUGUGUCAAGUGCUGUCAGCCAGAGUGUCACACAGAGCUCCUCCACAGUUCCCUCUGGCUCUUCUUCUCCAAGAAGAGGGGAGGCAGUGGGCAGCGCGCCCAGUGACAAAGAUAACACCGGGUCUGUAGCCUCACCCUUUGGCAGGUCACAGUCCCACUCCUCUAUUAGCACAGUUGUCAUGUCGGUCCAGAAAAAUCUUCAGACGUUGAGACCUGCGGAGGAGGAAAAGGGUCAGACUCUGGACAAUGUUCAUCAUCAGCCGAGUGCCACAGCUCAACCAUCAUCUCUCAUGAGCCUCGGUCGCUUCAGUGAUGUGUCAGUUGAUAAAGACUUGACACUUUCAAGUUCCCAAGAUAGUUACAACAGUGGGAUUAAAUUAGGAGCAUCCAUUGGAGCUUCUUCUGUCACCAGCCUAGAGGUUGAUAAUUAUGCCCCAUACUGGACUUCAAAACUGUCAACGCCACCACCUAUGCCCAGGCCUCCAGAGCUCAACAUUGAAGAACGAAUUCCGUUGUAUCUCCAUAACUUGGGUAUUGACCAGUCUCCCGCAACAAUCUUAACUCCAUUUGCACCCAGAGGACCAAUCAGAGAGCCCGAAUUCUCUCCCACUGAUCUCUGUACAAUUAAAGGAUCUAUUGGCACCUCAACCAAGAGCAGCCAACCUUCUGAAGGUGGCAGUCCACAGAAAGGAGAGUUUUCCAGGUCCAGUGUUCUGUCAGUGGACUCGAGUAUAUCCAUACCGUUUAGCCUGGACAGUCUCGGGCCAGCUGUAUCCGCCCCAGAGUGGACCAGGCAAGCUUCUCCCAUCGGAUACAGGAGCUAUCCAGAGUAAACACAGACCGGCACCCUCCUCUCAGCCUGAUGAAAACUCCCACUCCCACCAGCAGCAACAGAGGGACAGCAUUUUAAGCAGCAGCCAGAAUGCUUUUAAGCUGGGAGAGAGGUUUGACUGUGAUCUCUCACUAGCUAGUAAGGUGAGGUGUGGGGAAAGA